AUGGAGCGCACCGGCCGCUCGGCCAUGGCUUAUCAGCCGCUUCCGGCCCAUCUCCACGCUGCCGCGCAAGAACCAAUCUCGGCAAACGGCAUGACCACUCCUAGCUACGGCGGCCUCGUUGCCCCAGGCGUCGAGUGGGACUAUGUCACUAACCCGGACGGCACGAAAAGCCGCGCACCAUCGCGAUCCCCACAGCGCGGUACCGAGGCCCACCGUUCUUUAUCAAACCCGAUGGACGCCUCUAGCUCGGGCUCAAACGACCUCAAAGUGCCCUACGCUGCGCCCGCUGCGUCGUCGGCACAUGCUUUCACGUCGCACCCGUCCUCUCACCCUCACGAGCCCACGAUAUCGGAGGAGGCCAACGCUUACAUCGGCCGGAGCGUUACGCAGGCCCAGGCAGCUUCGCAUGGCCAUGACCCCGCUCAGUCCUUGCAGCCUCCACCUGUUCCCCAACAAAACCCGCCCAGACCAGGUCACGCCCCAGCGAGCCCUCGCCACUUUGGCCAGCCGCAAACACUCGACAACACCUCUACCCCGGGGUCUUCGAUGCCAAGGGACGACCCACCAAGCGAGAGGGAGCGGCGCGAGCGUGACCGCGACCGAGACAGAGAUCGUGACCGUGACCGUGACCGCGACCGCGACCGCGACCGCGACCACCCCGCAAAGUCAGACCGUCACGCGAGUGGGCACUCUUCGUCGGCCGCGCAGGGGACAUCCAAGCGGCGCCAAUACCGCCAAGUGGGCGACUGGAUCCUCCAGAAGACGCUUGGCCAGGGAUCGAUGGGCAAGGUCAAGCUCGGCGUCAAUAUCCAUACCCAGGAGCGCUGUGCUGUCAAGAUCGUUCCCCGCCACCGGGACGACCCGAGCAAGGUCGAUAGCUCUGGUCGCAGCAAAGACGAGUCCAAAGAGAUCCGCACGGUGCGCGAAGCCUCGAUAUCUUUACUCCUCCACCACCCCUACAUCUGCGGCAUGCGCGACUUCCUCGUGCACCAGAACCACUACUACAUGGUGUUCGAGUACAUUGACGGCGGCCAAAUGCUCGACUACAUCAUUGCACAUGGACGUCUGCGUGAGCGCGCCGCCCGCAAGUUUGCGCGCCAGAUUGGUUCGGCCCUCGAUUACUGCCAUCACAACAACAUUGUCCAUCGUGACCUGAAGAUUGAGAACAUCCUGAUCUCAAACAACGGUAAUAUCAAAAUCAUUGACUUUGGCCUGUCCAACUUGUACUCGCCGCUUCGUCAUCUAUCGACGUUCUGCGGCUCCCUCUACUUCGCCGCACCGGAACUUUUGAAUGCCAAGCUCUACACCGGUCCCGAGGUCGACGUGUGGUCGUUCGGCAUCGUCCUCUACGUUCUUGUGUGCGGCAAGGUUCCCUUUGACGACCAGUCGAUGCCGGCCCUUCAUGCUAAGAUCAAGCGUGGUCUGGCCGAGUACCCGGCCUGGUUAAGCAACGACUGCAAGUCGCUGCUACAGCGCAUGCUCAACACGAACCCACAAGAGCGUGCCACUCUUGCCGAGGUCCUUGCCCAUCCGUGGAUGACCAAGGGCUUUGAGAACCGCGCCCCAGAGUCGCACCUGAUCCACCGCGAGCCUCUGCGCGCAGAGGACCUGGACAUGAGCGUAAUUCAACGCAUGCAGGGCUUCACGUUCGGUACGCCAGAGGAGAUCCGCGACAACCUGGUCAAGGUUCUCAACUCGGAGCCGUACCAACGCUGUGUGACGCAGUGGGAGACACGUCGCGAGUCUCGCCGCCCGGGUGGGCCGGGGCUAAACGGUUCGACGUCUCAAACUCUGCUCUCGGCUGAGAUGGAGUCGCCCAAGAAAAAGCGCUUCAGCGGUUUUGACCUGAAGAAGAAGUUCUUCAAGGAGGAGAAGAGGGCCGAGGAGCCGGCACCAGCCGUCAAGGAGCCCCUUGACCCGAGCAGUGGCUUUGACCCUCUCAUCUCGGUUUACUUCCUUGCGCGGGAGAAGAAGGAGCGAGCAAAGGUGUACGGUGACGCCCACUUUGCUUCGUCGCGCGGCAGUCUGGACGCUGCGUCUAUCAAGCCUGCCGACUUUGGCAGCAAUUUGCCCAGCGUCCCUGCCCCGGCGGCCGCCCAUGCCGCGACAAGCGCCAUGGCCUACGACAAUGCACCUGGCACUCAAAGAGACCACUUUGGGCAACCAAGGUUGCGCGCCGAGGAACUGGCGGCGGGCAAGAGCGUCUUGCAGCCCCCUACUGUGGACUUUGCAAAGUCCAACCUUGCCGACGUUCCCAUUGCAGCUAGGCGCGAGGGCCGGCAUGGACAACAACCCAUGAGCAUGGGGACAGCGGCGACCGCUGCGAUGGAGGGCGACGGCCGCAGAAUGUCGGAAUCACUCGACAACGCCGAGCGCCGCAUCUCUGUGGGCUCGAUGACUGCCAACAUGGCCAAGACGUCUCUCUCGCGCUUGCCAAGCCAGCGCGACUCAAAAAACACUUCGACGGGCACAGCCGUCAACCCCGUCACCCCGCCCGAAUACCAGAUUCCUGUGGGCUACAUCCAGGACAAGAGCGGUGGUAUCCGGCCUAUCGGCUCACCCGAGCUGGACGAGAUCGAGGUCGCCGACGUCGCCAACAUUGACGUCAAGAGCGUCUACCUCAAGGGCCUGUUCUCGGUGUCGACCACGAGCACCAAGUCGGCGCGGACGCUGUUGAGAGACAUUUCCCACGUCCUCGACCGCAUUGGCAUCAAGUACCGGCCUAUCCGUGGUGGGUUCGAGUGCAUCCACGUGCCGUCCAUCGACCUCAAGUCGGUCGUGCACGGCGACGAGGCGCGCUCGCAGUUACACGUGCCAGUGGGCAACGAGUCGUCGACGUCGAAGAACAAGCUCUCACUGCGUACCUCGAACGCGGGGGGCUCAACGACGACCACGGGCCGUGGCGAGUCACCAUCCCCCGCAACGCACGCCAUUGGUUCGUCGGGCACGGUCGGCAUGCUCGACUCGGCGUCUGGUGGGCCCAAGCCCGCCCGCAUAGAUCUCGACGACGCGGAUGCGUGGGGCGCACAGUUUGGCGCAAGCAGCACGCUGUGUGUGCGCUUCGAGGUGUUUGUUGUCAAGGUACCGUGGCUCCCGCUCCACGGCAUCCAGUUCCGUCGCAUCGGUGGCGACGGUUGGCAGUACCAGCAGCUCGCGAAGACGAUCUUGCGUGAGAUGCGGUUGUAA